CGAGUCGCUGUCUGUUCUUCGUCGUUUUCAUCAUUAAACUAGGGGGCUCAACUAACCACAUAUUUUUACAUCCCUCUCUGAAUUCCAUUGAUCCCCUUCCCUUGUGGACAAGGUAUGGCUGAUGGUGGUUAUGUCCCCGUCGAAGAGGAUGACGAGGACGGGGAUAUAACGCACCAUGGUGCAGAAAGGAUUAGUGUGGAAGAUAGAUUGCCAUUAUUCAUUAGAUCAGGCGUCAUCUUCGACCAAGAGCAUGAUGGCGUCGCAGUAGAUCAAGGGGAUGCUUCGGCAGACCCUUUACAUGGACAUCACCCCAAGCAGGAGCUUCAUGGCUGGGCUUCAAUGUGGCUAGCAUAUCAAUCGAUCGGUGCAAUUUACGGAGACAUCGGGACUAGCCCUCUCUACGUCUUCUCGGCGGUCUUUGCUUCUCCACCGAGCUCGCCGGAUCUGCUUGGUGCACUGUCACUCAUCAUCUGGGCCUUAAUCCUCAUCGCUACGAUAAAGUACGUGGGGAUUGUUCUAUGUGCCAACAACCAUGGCGAAGGUGGCUCCUUUGCGCUGCUUUCUCUUAUUAGGCGUCAUGUUAAAUUGGACUGGCGAGAUUCAAUGGUUGAGGACGAUGACGAGAAAAUCUAUGCUGCAAAGCGGCUGAAAAGCUUCAAUCGCUCGGCUAGAAAUGCGUUGAAGCGCAGUCCUAUGGCCAAAGGUUUAGUGACGAUUCUGGCUGUGCUGGGGGUCUGCAUGGUGAUGUCUGAUGGGGUCAUUACUCCAGCACAGUCAAUUCUCGGUGCAGUGCAGGGAAUCAAAAUAGCUGCCCCCGGCAUGCCCACAAAUAUUGUCGUCGCGCUUGCCUGUCUCCUGAUUGUGCUUCUGUUCGCCAUACAGCCUUUCGGCGUUUCGAGACUGAGCAACUUUUUCGCCCCCAUUGUAAUGGUCUGGUUGAUAUUCAACAUGGCUUUUGGAGUAUAUAAUCUGGUCCUAUUCGAUCAUAAUGUGAUUAGGGCGUUUUCCCCGAGUUUCGCAAUUGAUUAUAUAAUUCGACAUAAAUUUGAUGGCUGGCGUUCUCUUGGAGGUGUUUUGCUUGCAUUUACAGGAGUUGAAGCUCUAUUUGCCGACCUUGGCGCAUUUUCAGUUAAGCAAGUUUUUUCGGCCAUUCGGGUUUCGUGGCUCUGUUUUGCCCUACCUUGUCUUCUUGUUACUUAUUGCGGCCAGGCCGCGUUUAUAAGCUGGCACCCAGAUGCGAUCGUGAACCCAUUGUUCAAAGCGGUCCCCCCUGGAAUGUACUGGCCGACGCUCAUUCUGUCAAUCCUAGCGUCAAUUGUGGCCUCCCAAGCAAUGCUCACGGGCACUUUCCAGUUGAUCUCCCAGGCUAUACGGAUGGCUUAUCUUCCUAGAAUGAGGCGCGUCCACACAUCAAAGCGUGUGGCGAGCCAGAUAUAUAUCCCAUUGGCUAAUUGGCUGAUGAUGGCAGGGGCAAUAGCGGUUACAGCAGUGUUUAAAACAGUGAGUGUCGGGAACUUCACGAGGGUGUUAGAAUGCAUGCUGAUUCGAGCGACACAGACUACUCGUAUUGGCCAUGUAUAUGGUGUAUGCGUCGUCGGGGUUAGCUUCAUCACGACUUGGCUUGUUGCCCUUGUGGCUAUUAUCAUCUGGAAUUUGCAUAUUGUGGUCAUCCUUCCGGUUUUUGUCUUUAUCGGCUUCUUUGAUUUCUUUUUCCUGGCAGCUGCUCUUGCCAAAAUACCAGCUGGGGGCUGGUUUACGGCUAUCAUGGCGGCCAUCUUGACGAGUACUUUACUCCUAUGGAGCUACGGUGAGGGAUGCCAGUUCAAUGCAGAGCGAGAUGAGAGCGCUUCCCGCUCCACGCUGUUCACAGGCCACGGCCACCAGCUAUGGCUUCGCGAAGGAAAGGCGGAGUAUUCGGUUAAAUCAAUCAGAGGCAUUGGUGUGUUCCUAAUUGAACCACAUUCUAGGUCUCCUCCUGUUUUCGACCAUUUUAUUAAGAAAUUCGAAGCCACCCAUGAGAUAUCAGUCCUCCUUCAGAUAAAACCCGUUCUUAAGUAUUCUGUCCCUGUGAAAGAUCGCUUCACGCUAACUAGCACAAACAUCACCGGGUUGUACCGUGUUAUACUUCGCUAUGGCUACGGGGAUACACCCUCGUGGGAUUCCUUUGAAGAAAUGCUCACAGAGGAACUGGGUCUCUUGCGUCCUCGUGGAGAACCGGAUAGUCAGGAUUAUGCAGCUGCAGACGAUGUGAACACAGGUUCGAUAGCGCUCACUGCGCCAGAUCAGUUCGCAUCGCAGAAGCCCAUUACCUAUAUCAUUGGCAGAGACAAAUUAUACGUCAAAAAGGGAUCUGGUUUUGUUCGCAGGAUCAUCCUGUCUGUGUUUAUAUAUCUGAAGGGCCAUGAGAAGACAAAGUUGUCGCGAUUGAGAGUUCCGGUUGACCGGUUGGUUGAAGUUGGAUUUUCUAAGGCGAUAUAAUCAAGGAGGAACAAAUAUGAUGCAUGUAAAGUUUUGGGUCGUCCAGGACGCAAAUUUCCUUUGACAUGCCCGCCUACAUGUUCUCGGCUUGAAAAAUACCAAAUGCCCAAUUCGUCCCCUGACAAAGGAAUCGGGCGAUACCCUUGAGGUUUUGGAAGUGAGGGAUUUCAUUUCCGCACGUUGAUAAGGUUCCCUGGAACUUGGAGCGGAAAGUCGUCGGGACCACUUCAGAGUCUGAACGAAAGGGCGGGAUGAAUUCCGGCUCACGAUGGCUCCACGGAAUGCGUGGAGGCCGGAGAUGAGCAGUCAUCGCUGGUCGAAACCACAAGAACAUACAGUGGCCGUUUAAAAAACCUAUGUAGAUAUGCAAUAUACGGGGAAACUGCUAUAUAGAUCCUUUAGAGC